GCCCUUGUCACAAGAGAGAAAGAGAAAAAGAUAGAAAAAGAAGAGAAAAAAAAAAAGAUAAAUAGAAAGAAAAGAAUAUAUUUGAAGAUUGAAAAGAGGAGCAAGAGAAGUUUAAAGUUGUAUAGUGUAGAGUAGAGAGGAAUUGUAAAGCAACGACUGGUUGGUUGGUCGUUCUUAGUUCUUGGCUGGUGGCUGAUGGCUGGUGAAUGUGAUUGGGGACUGGAGUUGUUGAUCUUAGUUGAUCUGAAAGUUCAUGAGUGUUCAUAAGAGUGAUCAAAGCUGUGGAUUACUGUGGAUCCGCGAUCGUAUGUGAUAGAAGUUUAGGAAGCUAGUUAUUCCUUGGAAUUGUUACCUCGGCGGGUUACCUUUUAUGGUAAUCCAGUUAAUAAGAAAAAAAAAAAAAAAAAAUUACGAUAUAUAUAUAUUUGUAAUGCUCUAUUAAGUGUAAACGCAACAACAAUACAGAAUAUAGUAUUAUUUUUAUUAAUUUAAAAAUAAUAAUGGAUACAAUAUAUAAGAUAUUAAUUGGUGCAUACUUGGCGAUAUGUAUUACUGGAGUAACAGCUACUUUUCCUCCGCCUGAAAGAUUGACAGGAAUGAAUCCAUGUAUCAGUAAACAAACUUGUCAUGAAUGCAUACAAACGCCACAUUGUGCUUGGUGUGCAGCUCCAAAAUUCAAUGAAAAACGUUGCUUUUUACCAAAUAUAAAUACUAAAAUAUUUGCAACUUGUCCAGAAGAAUUUACAUGGAAUCCUGACAAUGUAUUUAGUAUGGUAAGACAUCGUAAUUUAACAAAAGGUGGAUAUAUUGCCGGAGGUGAAGGCUCUGCAUUUGUCGGAUCAGGUUCAUCAUCAUCAUCAUCUUCUAGUUCUUCUUCUUCUUCUUCUUCUUCUGGAUCUUGGAGCAGUAGUAGUAGCAGCUCAAGUAGACAGGAAGCAGUUCAGAUAUGGCCUCAAGAAGUUAAUUUAAAACUUAGAAUAAAUGAAGCACACAGAAUGUCAUUUGCUUAUUCACAGGCUGAGGAUUAUCCGGUAGAUCUUUAUUAUCUUAUGGAUUUAAGUAAGUCUAUGGAAGAUGAUAAACAAAAAUUAUCAGAUUUAGGACAACUUCUUGUUGAAAGUAUGAGUAAAAUAACAAGCAAUUUUCGUUUGGGAUUUGGUAGUUUUGUUGAUAAAGUUGUAAUGCCAUAUGUUAGUACAAUGCCUAAAGCCCUUAUUGAACCUUGUGAUGGAUGUGCAGCACCUUAUGGUUACAAAAAUGUCAUGAGAUUAUCAACAGAUACAAGUGCAUUUGCUAGUUUAGUAAGUAAUGCAUCAGUAUCUGGUAAUUUAGAUGCACCAGAGGGUGGUUUUGAUGCAAUUAUGCAGGCUAUUGUAUGUAGAAAUGAAAUUGGUUGGCGUGAAAAAGCUCGAAGAUUAUUAGUAUUUUCAACAGACGCUGGGUUUCAUUAUGCUGGUGAUGGUAAAUUGGGAGGAAUAAUACGACCAAAUGACGGUUAUUGUCAUCUUGAUAAUACUGGACUUUAUACUCAUUCUUCAAUACAAGAUUAUCCGAGUAUAUCACAAAUAAAUUUAAAAGUUAAACAAAAUGCUAUUAAUAUUAUUUGGGCAGUAACUGAAGAACAAAUAAGUGUUUAUAAAAGAUUAACUAAACACGUUGAGGGUUCAUUUGCUGGUAAAUUAUCUAAUGAUUCAAGUAAUAUUGUUGAAUUAAUAAGAGAACAAUAUGAUAAAAUAUCAAGCUCUGUUGAAAUGAAAGAUACUGCUAGUAGUGUUAUUAAAGUACGCUAUCUUUCAAGUUGUUUAAAUGACGGACCACCAAUAGAAACAUCUAAAUGUGAUGGAUUAAAAGUUGGUACUAAAGUUGAAUUUAUUGCGGAAAUAGAGGUUACUAGUUGCCCAACAAAUCGAUCUGAAUGGAAACAAAAAUUUGAUAUAUAUCCGGUUGGAAUAAAUGAAACGUUGACAGUUAAUUUAGAAAUGCUUUGUGAUUGUGAAUGUGAACAUGAGGGGCCAAUGUAUGAACCUAAAUCAUCUGAAUGUAAUGGUGUUGGUACAUUAAAAUGCGGAGUUUGUGAAUGUUAUGAUGGAUUCUUUGGUAAACAUUGUGAAUGCAGUUCACAUCAGGAAAUAACUGGAUUUGAUCGUAAUUUCCAAUCCUGUCGACCGGAUAAUACUUCACUGGUUGAUUGUUCUGGUCGUGGAACAUGUGCUUGCGGUCAAUGUGAAUGCGAGGAGCGUGAAAAUCUAGAAGAGAUUAUUUCUGGUCAUUUUUGCGAGUGUGAUAAUUUUUCAUGUGAUCGUGAUGAAGGACAUCUUUGUUCAAAUCACGGUACAUGUCAAUGUGGACAGUGUGUUUGUAAUGCUGGUUGGAUUGGUCCAAGCUGUAAAUGUCGAUCCUCAAACGAUACUUGUAUUGCUCCAGGUACUAUCAACGGCCUUUUAUGUUCUGGACACGGUGAUUGCAUUUGUGGUGAAUGUGUUUGCCAUGAAGAAGGUAAUAUACGUUAUUCCGGUAAGCACUGUAACAAAUGCCCAACUUGUCCCAGCCGAUGUGAAGAGUUAAAGCCUUGUGUUCAGUGUCAAAUGUAUAAAACUGGUAAUUUAACAGAACAAGAGUGUGCUAAAGUUUGCACAGAAUUUGUACCUGAGCCUGUUGAAGCUGUAAUUGUUGAUGUUGAUAAUGAUGAAGUACCGUGUUAUGGUACUGAUGAAUACGAUUGUAAAUACAAUUUUGUAUACUUUUAUGAUGGACAAAAUUGCCUUAAAGUUAAAGCACAGGCCGAACGAGAGUGUCCUUCCCCGGUAUACGUACUUGGGAUAGUGCUUGGAGUAAUAGCAGCUAUCGUUCUUAUUGGAUUAGCAUUUUUACUACUGUGGAAACUUUUGACAACAAUUCAUGAUCGAAGAGAGUUUGCCAAAUUUGAAAAAGAACGAAUGAUGGCUAAAUGGGAUACGGGGGAAAAUCCUAUUUAUAAACAAGCAACGUCAACAUUUAAAAAUCCUACUUAUGCUGGCAAGUAGAUAGAUAAAUUGUUUAAUAGUCAACUUUUUUCAUUUCUAACUCUAAAAAAAUUUGUAUCUUCCAUAUUUUGUGGGAAUAGUUGAUGACAAAUUAUUCAUUAUUUACAUUAUAAUGAUAAUAAUGGUAUAAAAAUGAGUGAAUAUUUUAAAUUUUGAUACUUUUAUUAUUCUUCGUAUACUGCCAUAUAAAAUGUACUAGUUUAAUUAACUACGAUGAAAGCGAUGUGAAUAAUGACAACAUGUAAAGAGAACGUUCAGUAAAAUUUUUUCUCUUUCUAUUUA